AUGAUGGAUACACAGGAAAUACUGGCCAGAGCCCUGCAGGCCGCAGAGGCCGCUGAAGAUCUGCGCGCCUUGGAUGAAGUACGCGUUGCCUAUCUCGGUAAAAAAGGCGAAUUGACCGGCUUGUUGAAAGGUCUGGGCAAACUCGACGCAUCGGAGCGUCCAGCUGCCGGGGCCAAAAUCAAUGAAGCCAAAGAAGCCCUCCAGGCGACCCUGGAUCUGCGCAAAAACAAUCUGGAGCAGGCUCAGCUGGCGCAGUCACUGGCUCAGGAAUCCGUAGAUAUCAGCCUGCCGGGUCGCCACCCGGAUCAAGGUGGCUUGCACCCUGUUACCCAGGCGAUGUAUCGCAUCGAAGAAAUAUUUGUGGGUGCUGGCUACUCGGUAGUGACCGGGCCAGAGGUCGAAAACGACUAUUACAAUUUUGAAGCACUGAACAUUCCUGCCCACCAUCCUGCCAGAGCCAUGCACGACACAUUCUAUUUUGGUGACGGCCAGUUGCUGCGUACGCAUACCUCGCCCAGUCAGGUGCACACUAUGGAAAAUCAGACGCCACCAAUACGGGUGAUCUGCCCGGGUCGCGUCUAUCGGCGUGAUUCUGAUUUAACGCACAGCCCCAUGUUUCAUCAGGUAGAAGGGCUGGUAGUGGACAAAGACAUCAGUUUUGCUGACCUUAAAGGCACCGUUACUGAUUUCAUCCGUAAGUUUUUUGAAAAAGAUCUGGCGGUUCGUUUCCGACCCUCUUAUUUCCCCUUUACUGAGCCGUCUGCAGAGGUGGAUGUGCAGUGUGUGCACUGUAUGGGCGACGGCUGUCGUGUGUGCAGCCACACGGGCUGGCUCGAGGUCAUGGGUUGCGGUCUGGUGCAUCCGAAUGUGCUGGAAAUGUCCGGUAUAGAUUCAGAAGUGUAUUCCGGCUUUGCUUUUGGUUUUGGUGGUGAUCGCUUAGCAAUGUUGUUGUAUGAGGUGGACGAUCUGCGUCUGUUUUUUGAAAACGACGAUAUGAAAUUCAGUGAGGCAUGGUUGCGCGAAUGGGUUAAUCCCGAUCUUGCUCGUGAAGACUUAUUGCAGCAACUCACCAUGGCCGGUCUGGAAGUGGACGGUGUUGAGCCCGUGGCGGAGACGUUUUCUGGUGUGGUUGUGGGCUUAGUAGAAAGCUGCGAAAAACACCCGGAUGCGGACAAGCUUUCUUUGUGCAGCGUUUUUGAUGGCAAGGAGCGCCACCAGGUUAUUUGUGGUGCGCCUAACGUACGUAAGGGUCUGGUGACGGCUUACGCAAAAGUGGGCGCGGUCCUGCCCGACAAUUUCAAAAUCAAAAAGGCAAAGCUGCGCGGCGUUGAGUCGUUUGGCAUGUUGUGUAGCGCCGCUGAACUCGGGCUGGGUGAUGAUCAUGAUGGCAUUCUGGAACUGCCCGAAGCGCUUUCCGUCGGCGCUGAUUUCUUUACCGCUUACGCGCUGGACGACGUCACGGUUGAUGUUGAUCUGACACCUAACCGCGGUGAUUGCUUGAGUUUACGAGGUUUGGCCCGGGAAGUCGGUGUGCUUAACAACCUGACGGUCGCUUACCCGCAGGUAGACGCUGUCGCAGCGACUCACAAUGAAACCUUCACGGUUGAGCUGGCCAAUCCCGAGGGUUGCCCACGCUACCUGGGUCGUGUGAUCAAAGGUAUCGAUCUGACAAAACCCACGCCGGCCUGGAUGCGCGAGCGUCUGCGACGAUGUGGUUUGCGCAGUAUUGACCCUGCCGUUGACGUGACCAACUAUGUGCUGAUUGAGCUCGGCCAGCCCAUGCAUGCGUUCGACCUGAACCAGAUCUCCGAUGGCAUUGUUGUCCGCAAUGCGGUGGCAGGCGACAAUCUGACGUUGUUGGAUGGCCAGGAUGUGGAUCUUGAUGAGCAGACCCUGUUGAUCACGGACGCCAAUGGCCCGGUUGCUAUCGCGGGCGUCAUGGGCGGUGAACGCAGCGGUGUGCAGACAAACACCGAAGAUCUGUUUCUUGAGUGUGCCUUUUUCAGCCCGCUGGCCAUUGCAGGCACUGCGCGACGCUAUGGUUUGCAUACCGAUGCCUCCCAUCGUUAUGAACGUGGUGUGGACUAUGAACUGCAGGCUGUGGCGAUGGAGCGCGCUACGCAGUUGCUGAUUGAUAUUGUCGGUGGUGAGCCCGGUCCGGUGACGGAAGUGGUGGCCAGUGAACAGCUGCCCAGUGCGCAGCCCGUGACCUUGCGUCAGCGCCGUUUGCAGCAGCUACUGGGCACCGCAGUUGAGGCUCAGCAGGUGGAUGACGCCUUUGCGCGGUUAGAUUUCAAAGUCAUCGAGCGCAGCGACAAAGAUGGCGAUAUAAGCUGGACCAUUGUGCCGCCCAGCCAUCGUUUUGAUAUCGCCAUAGAAGCCGACCUUGUAGAAGAGAUCUGCAGGAUCUUCGGCUACAACAACAUCCCCAGUAAGAACCCGACUGCGGCGCUCGAAUUGCGUUCUAUUGAUAUAGAGCAGAACUCAGAGGCCGCGCUGAAGCGCCACCUGGCAGGCCUGGGGUUACAGGAGGUGAUCACCUACACCUUUAUAGACCCAGCCUUGCAGGACCUGCUUGACCCGCAGGUUGCCCCGCUUGCAUUGGCAAACCCCAUGUCUUCGGAACAGUCUGUUAUGCGUACCAACAUGCUGCCAGGCCUCGUGGAUGCCGCGCAGAACAACAAGGCACGACAGCAGGAUCAGGUGCGGAUAUUCGAAGUUGGCCAGACCUUUUUGCCAGAUUCCCAGGGGCUUAAGCAGCGCAUGAUGGUGGCUGGUCUGUUAUGGGGACGACGCCAGGCGCAAAACUGGCAUGCGGGCAGUGACAAUGUCGAUUUCUAUGACCUCAAAGGUCUGGUAGAUGAUCUCUGCAACUGGGCGGGAUUGUCUAAUGUGCAGGUUGAACGGGCGGAUGACAUGGUGCUGCAUCCAGGGCAGAGCGCGAAUCUGCUGGUUAAUGGGCAACCCAUCGGUCGCUUCGGGCGUUUGCAUCCCGAAGUUGAAAACCGCCUGGAGCUGAGCGGCGUGUUUGUCUUUGAGCUGGAUGCACAGAGUAUCCUGUCGCGGCCACGGCGGGUGUUUACCGGCUUAUCGCGUUAUCCCAGCGUGCGACGGGAUUUUGCUGUGGUGGUCGAUAAGGCGGUUACCGCCGCAGAGGUGGAAGCAGUGGUGCGUGAAGCGCUCGGUGAGAUCCUGGUUGAGUUCAGGUUAUUUGAUGUCUAUGAAGGCAAAGGCAUUGAUUUAAAUGAAAAAAGUCUCGCGAUAGGCUUGACCUUGCAGAGCCAAGACGCCACCCUUAACGAGGAAGACAUAGGACACUACGCCCAAGCCGCCGUGAGCGCACUGGAGUCUGCCGUUAAGGCAAGAUUAAGGUAG